AACCCCCAAAGAAGACGAAGAAGAAGAGAAACAACAAGCGUGCGGUGCCGUUCAUCCUUGUGCGCUUUAAGACCUUUAUUGUGUGGAACAUCAGUGUGGAAAAUAACUUUUACUGAAGAGCUCCAAACGACUCGCAACAGAAAUCUGGUUAGAAGAGCCACGAUAAACAUGUCGACCUCAGCGACGAAAGUUAGUCGGAAGGACAAUUCGAAUCACGACGGAGCGGACGAAACCUCCGAGAAAGAGCAACAGGAAGCAAUUGAACACAUUGAUGAAGUACAGAAUGAAAUUGACAGACUGAACGAACAGGCAAGUGAAGAAAUUUUAAAGGUAGAGCAGAAGUACAACAAAUUACGCCAGCCAUUCUUUCAGAAACGAUCAGAACUCAUAGCCAAAAUCCCCAACUUCUGGGUUACAACAUUUGUCAACCACCCACAAGUUUCAGCUCUUCUGGGCGAAGAAGAUGAGGAAGCGCUUCAUUACUUGUCGAGGGUAGAGGUCACCGAGUUUGAGGAUAUCAAGUCUGGAUACAGAAUAGAUUUUUAUUUUGAUGAGAAUCCAUACUUUGAGAACAAAGCACUGUCCAAAGAGUUUCAUUUGAAUGAGAGUGGGGAUCCAGCCUCCAAAUCCACUGAAAUCAAAUGGAAAGCUGGAAAGGACCUGACAAAGCGCACAGGUCAAACGCCAAACAAAGCUGGCAAGAAGAGGCAGCACGAGGAGCCCGAGAGCUUCUUCACCUGGUUCACUGAUCACUCAGAUGCAGGAGCUGAUGAGCUCGGAGAGGUGAUAAAGGAUGACAUCUGGCCCAACCCGCUGCAGUACUACUUGGUCCCUGACAUGGAGGACGAGGAAGGUGACGGUGAUGAUGAUGAUGAGGAGGAGGAAGGGUUGGAAGAUAUUGACGAGGGAGAGGAAGAGGAAGAUGAAGAAGACGAAGGUGAAGGAGAUGAUGGAGAGGACAAUGGUGAGGAUGAUUAAACUCUGCCACCAGUACCAGUUACCUCUCAUCCUAGCCCCUUUCUAAUCAUCCUCCAGCCGAUGGGAGCAAAAUUUUUGUUAUUUGUUUUUUGUUUUUGGGGGGGAGUGUUUGUAAAGAAAACAGUAAAAUGAUUUCCUGCGUGUCGUCAGUCUGUCCUCUUUCUCUGCAGUCUUGGCCUGUCUAUAAUCCCUCUGUAAAGACCGGUCCAUCCACAGCAGGUCUGAGUGGGGCGGCUGUGUGGAGGGUCUCACCCAUCAUCUCCCAACGACAUGCUAAACAAUAAAAUAGAAAUAAAAAUUUGUAGCAUUCUGCAUGUCAUCCUACGUAGAUUUAAAAUACGUACCAUAGCGAUUUCUAUGUAAGAUAUGAAAUUACAGUUUCUGUUGAAGUUGUGAGUUCAAUUUAAAAA